AUGAACAGUGGGUUCCAGCAUACACAGAAUCUGGGCUUUAUUGCCCAGCAAGCCGCUAUACAGAGCAGAGUCAAAGUGGGUGUAAGGGGAUGGCAGAAUGCGACGCGGCAAGACUUGGUGAAUUUCGUUAGCAGGAAAACGCGCAUAGCAAUAACCGAUUCACAGGUGCAGGGUGACAUGGUUGUUGGGUUUGUGAAUAACCAGCAAGAUGCAGACUCUCUAAUCAAUUGGAAUGGUGUGAGAUUUGCGGGGAAUGCAUUGAAGUUCGAGAUAAUAAAUGAUAAUGGUGCUGGUGGAAACACGGGCACAUCGAAUACAAUCACAUUACUAAAAAGUUUCUUGUUCAAGCGCUAUAAUGCACAAACCAAAAUGAUGGAUUUGGGAAACCUUCGGAAUGAUCCUGAUUUAGUCACUAAUGGUUUAUUUUCCUCAACGUCCACACAGUCAAAGAUGUUCCCUGCCAUGAUGAAAUUAGCUUCUAAAGAACCUCAAUUGAUUGUGGAAAGCAUCAAUUUGUCCAACAACAACCUACGGGACGUUAAUAUGAUCUCAUCAAUUGCACAGACUUUCCCAAAUUUGAAAAACUUAUGUUUGGCAAACAAUCAGAUUUCCAAAUUUCGUUCACUAGAAGUUUGGAAAGGAAAAUUCAAACACUUGCGGGAAUUGUUGAUGAUGAACAACCCCGUCACGACUGAUCCCCUGUAUCGAACAGAAAUGUUGAGACUUUUUCCCAAGUUAGUAAUCCUUGACAACGUCUUGAUCAGAGACGAAAACAAACUUCAACAAUUGUACUCCAUUCCUAUGAAGAUACAACAAUUUUUCUUUGAAAGCAACGAGCUAGGACAAUCUUCAACUGACUUUGUUACAAACUUUUUAAACCUAUGGGAUACGAAUAGGGUGCAGUUGAUGGGCUUGUAUUCUCCUCAGUCACAAUUCUCUAUUUCAGUUGACUCUUCUGUGCCCAGCUCCAGUGUCUCAAACUCUGAUCAAAAUCCAACGUUUAGCUUUUAUCUUCCCUUAUCGCGCAAUUUAACCAAAGUUUCCAGUGAAAAGACAAAACAGCAAAGACUGGCGAUGGGACAGGAAGCAAUUGAUAAAUUAUUUAGUUCAUUGCCAAAAUCAAAGCAUUAUUUACAAGAGCAACCAUCGAACUACUCUUUGGAGGCAUGGUCUUAUCCCCAAGUUCAAGGAUUCAUUAUCACUCUUCAUGGGUUCUUUGAAGAGGUUGACAAACCUGAAAUUGACGCUAAUAAGGGCACUUCGUCUACCUCGGGAGGAAGGCAUAGAAGAUUUAAUCAUGGACACAACAAUAACUCUCUCAACAAGCUAAGUAGAAGAUCCUUCGACAGAACUUGGAUUAUUGUACCUAAUCAAGGGAAUGUCAUUAUUGCCUCUGAUCUUUUCACUAUAAGGCCGUACGCAGAUGGCUCUUGGAUUGAGCCUCAACAGCCUACCAGUAUUCAACAGACAGCCACCGCUCUAACAGGAGUUGGCAAUAUUCCACCUUCAAUGGGUGUUCAACAACCAGGAGUUUCACCACAAGGUUUAGUCCAGCAGGGUCUGUCACAGCCAGGCCUUCAGCAACCAGGUAUUCAACAAUCAAAUGGACAAAUGAACCUGCAACCGGGGAAUCUAGCCCCACCUGCCGGCCAACUCCAGUUGCCACCCGAAGUUCAGGCGAAGUUGAAUCCUCAUCAGCAAGAGCUACUGAAUAAAUUGCACAUUGAAACAAAAUUGAAUGCAGAAUAUACAUAUAUGCUUGCAGAGCAGAGUGGCUGGAAUUACGAAAUUGCCAUAAAGGGAUUCCAGGAAAGCAUGAACAACAUACCACGACAGGCAUUUAUUUGA